AUGCAACAUACUCUUCUGAUCAUGCAGUAUCUAACCUUCACGUAUAUGGAGAAUAGAAUGCUACGUAGUCAUCAUGUAAAUGUACACAGGACAAAUAUGGAUGCUGAGGCUCUCAAGAAACUAGCCAUAGCUAAUUGUAAUGAGUUUGGCAGACUUUGGAAUGAGCCAAAUAAAAGUUUGGAGAAACUAGUUGAAGACAUAUAUAACACUGAUGCAGUGAUAUACCCACCAGGCAGUCCACCAAUCACUGGACUCACAAAUAUCAGCACAUUUUUUCAAGUGUUCCCGAAUAAUUUUAAGGUACACGGCAGUAUCGCAAAAGUCAAAAGUCUGGGAGAAGACUCAUACUUUGCAAUAUGCAGUAUUCAAGGAACAAUUGAUGGAAAAGAAGUUGACAGAUUCUCGUCUUGUGAAGAAUGGACCAAGAAGAAUGGAGUCUGGAAAUUGUCCAGUGAUUUCUGGAACAGUGAUUAUGAAAAAGUGAAUUACUAAAACUAUUUCUAUUGCAUGUUGAUGAUGGAACACUAGUUAUCUACCAAGCUACUGUCUAGGUUAUGAUGACUUCCAUAAUGGCAUGCAUUUGAUGAUUCACUUUCAUAUCCAGGUCAUGUUCGUGAUAAAUGACUUAUUUUUCUGAGAAAUCAUAUUUUUUCUUGAGGUUAAUUUAGUAGUCAAGUCAAAUUCUUGGAUAGGGCUGAUAUUUACCAAAUGCUUUUAUGAACAAAUGCUUUUUUUCAACUUGCUACUGUUUCAUUUCAUUGACAAAUAUCAUACUAAUUAUCAAGAAGGAAAUGAAACUUUUAAUCCAAGAACUGAUCAAUCUUUUGCCCUACUCUCUACUAAUGAUAGAGAGGUUUAUAGCAUUUUACUUGGGUUAGACACAAAAAAGCUACUGGCCCUGAUAUGUUAAGUAAAAUGGCAGCAAUGCUUAAAAUGGCAGUACCAUCGCUUUCACCAAUAUUAUCAAAAUUAUUAAACAAAAUGUUCAUUCUUAAUAAAUACCCCCAAUCAUGGAAACUAGGCCACAUUGUAGCAAUUCACAAAAGUAAAGACAAAACAGAUGUGAAAAAUUAUAGACCAAUAACUCUCCUGAGCUGUAUCUCUAAAGUUGCAGAACGCGUAAUCUUCAAAAGACUUUUUGACCAUCUUAUUGUGAACAAUUUAUUUCAUAACCUCCAAAGUGG